AUGGCAAUCGAUCGCUUGGCAGCCAUAAGGGCCGGAGGUGGGGGUGGUUUUCAUGAUUCUUCCCGUGAAACUCCAGCAGUAGGACCAAGUCCAGAAAGUUUCACAUUGGCUGCACUGGAUGGCAGGGCACCAGACGACGAUUUCUCUGCGAUAUCGGCCAUCGAGGACCAGCUGGCCGGCUACAAGGCGGCUGUAAAGCACAUCUCAGAACUUCAUACACAUUCCCUUGGGCUCACAGAUGACGUUGCCCUUCAACAAGACACGGCGCAGCUCAACCAAGCUCAAACGGGAUCCUUCGAAAUAAGUAGCGACAUAAGGCGCCGUAUUCAAGCUCUACACAAUAAAGCCGAGAAGAGCAAACCGCGGAAUGUUGCCCUCGCUCAGCAUGUGGCACGGCUUCAGGAGAAGUUCAGAGAGUCAAUUCAGGAGUACCGAAGCAUGGAGCAAGGGUACCAGGCCCGUUACAGAGAGCGUGUUGAGCGGCAAUUCAGAAUUGUCAAACCAGAUGCCACCCCUGAAGAAAUUCGUACCGUCAUGGACGAUCCCGAAGCAGGCGCUCAGAUAUUCUCUAAUGCAGUCGCCACGUCAAACCGUUACGGAGAGUCUCGGGCUGCUUACAGGGAAGCCCAAGACCGGCACGCAGAUAUCCGUCGUAUCGAGCGUACCGUGGAGGAGCUUGGGCAUCUGUUCAAUGAGAUGGCUGUUCUUGUUGCGCAAGAUGACGACAAGAUCAAUGCCGUUCAGCAAACUGCUGCAAGAGUCGCGGAUGACCUCGAAAAGGGAGAGGCGGCGGCGCAAACGGCCGCCGAACACGCAGCAGCGGCGCGAAAAAAGCGCAUCUGGUGCUUCGUUAUUUGGCUCAUCAUCCUUGCAGUGGUUGCUAUUGCCGUGGCGGUGCCCCUCUCACAAACGCUCCACUGA